UGUCUCGCUUCAAAAUUGACGCUUGCAUCUAAAUUGAUGAUUUCCAGACAAAGAAGAAGGUAUACCUGGGGAGAACAAAACCCUUCCUUGAUCAGUCCCUGGCGAGAACUCCAGCUAGAACAUUGUCUUUGUUAGUGGCUAAAAAGGAUUGAGGGGUCGCCAUGGCUUAAUAUCGACUCUUUUACCCAGCAAUUUGAGUGCUUUUUCUUUUGGGCAACGUGGAUUGAUUUGCUUCAAACUGAAAUUGAAGAUGGGUUGGAGAAAAAGUGUUAGCAACUCGCAGGAAACACACCUGCCAGCCAUCCUCGAAAAAAAGCUGUUGGAUCCGAUCAUCAUGGAAAGGAACCUAAUGUUAGAUCAAAGCAUGGUGGGAAGAAGUCCUCUAUUAGAUCGAAGAGAUCUCCGGAGCUGGUCCAGCACUCCUGCGUCAAGAUCAUCUCAAUACAAACUACCUCUUCGACUUGACACGUCCAUGACGACCACUUACAGGUUUGAAACUCAUUCACUCAGAGAUGAGGCUAAACCUCUGCUAACAGUGCCUAAAGCUGGGCAGCCGACAUUCCAGCGCAAAGGGCGCGGAGCUAAUCUUCAUCGCUCUCAAUCGUCUACUCGAGAUCGCUCCAGUCUUCAGCAUCCAUAUUUCACUCCUCAAAAUUCUCCGUACUCUCAUCAGGCCAGCCUGCAACGUCGACAUCAACAUGGGUCGAAUCCCCAGUACCAGGUGAACCCUCCACUGAAAUUCGACGAGAGACUGCUUCCGGAAAGAGAAAACUACGGUAUAGCUGGCUUCAACACAAGCCGAAGGCACAGAAGCUCCACCUCAAGUCCGAGUGACUGUGACUCAAAGGUGGGCUCGAGGAGCACAUGGCCCAAAAGGGGGUUAAGAAUCUGGAGACCCUGGAGAAAACGGUUCCUGCAGACCAUGAUGAUGCGUAUUCGAAUUCGCGUCACUUGCUCUAGAUUGCUGCACAGAAUCCAGAAGAGAAUCAGAAUUCAGAGACGCACAUGACCGGCUCAUUUGUUGCAAAAUUACAGAAAGACAGACGAAUAGAUAGACAAAUCAUCAAAUCUAGCUUACAAGGAGUUGACAGAACGAUGUGGCCUCUCCGAUACAGCCCACCCUUGUCUCUCUCUUUCUUUCUCGCUCUCGAACGGCGAUCGACAUUGCUUAUCUGACCCUCAUUCUGUUUCACGCAAACUUAUGCCGAAGAGUCUGAUCACGACCAGGAACCGUUUUGAUCUCUGGUCCAUCACCGUCGAGAUGAGAGUCUCAGAUUUGUCUUCGCAUGUGCCUCUGUCUUACAUCGCAAUCUCCUGCUUGUGGUGAUCGACAACCCACAAGUUGCAGGAUUCUGCAGAAACUACAAGACCAGAUGCACUUAGCUCUUCAGUAGAGGAUUCGUCGAAAACUCGACACCGGGAGUUGCCUCACCGAGCGUCACUAGACAAGUCGGUGCAGAGAAAUUCUAGGCUGAGGCUUCCAUUGAAAAGCUUGUAUUGAGUUCCAAUGAAAUCUUAAAACCACUACCAGUCAGAGCGGACUAUUACCUU